GAAAUCAAUGAGAGAAAUAAUUUUGAGAUACGGUCAACGUUUGGUCUCCUUUAGGAAAGUACACGCGUGAGAUCGAACGUGUCGAUUCUUAUCACUCUUUCCCAAAAUCGACAUGCUCUCGGACCGCUACAUUCCAAAUAGUCUGACAAAACCAAUUGGAUUAUGCACGAAUACCGGCUCGCUGACGUGGACCGGUCGGUUCGCAAGAAAAACAGUCUAAGGUUGGAUGAUUGGGUACUGUGUCGUAUAUAUAACAAGAAAGGUGUCAUCGAGAAGCAACGGAGCGAGAACGAGAUAAGGGCUGUGAAUGACACGUGUCCACCGGAAUCUGUGGCGAGAUUGAUCGCCGGCUCGGAACAAGCGGUGUCACCGGAACUCACGUGUAGCAACGGUCGGUUGAGUAAUGCCCUGGAUUUUCCGUUUAAUUACGUGGAUGCCAUCGCCGAUAACGAGAUUGUCUCACGGCUAUUGUGCGGGAAGCAGAUGGGUCGACUUUGGAUCCACUUGUGGUUAGGCAGAGAACUUUCUGAGCUGUCACGUGAAACUAUCACUGUCCUGUCUGCCGUCGCACGUGCCGGUUUGAAACCUGCCUAGCUGAUCCAGAAGGGAAGUGACCAGGUUGGGCUUUGGAGCAACAAUUGGGCCUUGGCUUUCUUCUCCUCUAUUAAGACGGGCUAGUGUGUGUAUCCACAAAGCAAUAUCAUCAACUGUUCUGGAAUAAGAAAAUUUAUAAAUUCAU